AUGUGGACUCGUGUCUUUCUCGUGUUAUUGCUAGGUGUUUUACACCAUAUCCUUACCAUAAAUGGUGCGGAAAUAACCGGAGAUGUUCUUAGACAGAUUAAAGAUGAGUUAAGAUAUGAGCUUCAGGAAGAAAUGACAAAAAUGAAGAGGGACAUAGAAAGUCUGAAAGAGAGAAACUCAGUGCUAGAACUGAAACUGUUAUUGUGCUGUGGAAAAGAGGACUCUAUAACAUCGGUUCAACAAGAAGAAAACACAACGGACAAAGACCACAAUGAUCAUGAAAACAGUAAAGAAAGUGAACCAACAGCCAUCGAAGUAGAAGCAGUCGGAAUGGAAAGGAUCACGAGAGGAAUCAAUCGGCGCGUUGCUGCGUCUGCAGUUGCAUUUUCGGCAUAUUUGUCCCAACAUGCACAGAACCUAGGCGAGCAUCAAAUCGUACCUUUCGACAGAACCGAGAUCAACAUUGGCGCAGCAUUUGAUACCCUCCUGCACGUGUUCACGUGCCCCGUAAAUGGGGUUUACUACUUUCAGUCUACGGUUCUGUGCGUUUACCUUAAUGUUGCUGUAGUAGAGACUGUUAAGGAUGGGUCAAGUCUGUGCGUUAGUCUGGCUCAUGGAGCAGUGGAAGUGCUCAGUGGGGGUGGAGAUGAUCAGGGCUCAAACGCAAUUAUCACUAAUUGUAAUAGAGGACAGAGAGUCUGGGUGCGGGUCUAUGAUCAUUGGGCAGACAAAAUUCACGAUGGCGGGGGAGGAUAUGAGCAGGGCACAAAAGCAGUAAUCACGUCAUGGAAUAAGGGAUAG